AUGCGAACCACAUUGUACGUUGACUACGAUCACAUGAUGCGCUUCAACGCCGAUUUGGUCGUCGUCGGGGAAGAAUUUUUCCGCUUUGAACCGUAUCUACGAAAGACUGUGGAAGAGUUUGUUGCGAAGAAUCUUCGCCAGGAAGAGACAUCUGCCAUGGAAAUGGCAGGCAGAAACUUUUGGCUUUCGGUUUACAACCUGCCCUCUGUCAGGAAACUCCGUGAUUUGCGAUCAGAGCAAAUUGGUGAACUGUCUUCAAUAUCUGGCACUGUCACUCGCACAUCUGAAGUUCGUCCAGAACUUCUCCUGGGUACCUUCACUUGUAUGGAAUGUGAUGACUUAUUUGAAAACGUAGAGCAACAGUUUCGGUAUACGGAGCCGCCUAUGUGUCAAACGUGCCAAAACAAGAAGGAAUGGAAGCUUAAUGUCGAGAAAAGUACUUUUGUGGAUUGGCAGCGAGUUCGAAUGCAGGAAAAUGCUCAGGAAAUUCCCGCCGGUUCAAUGCCGCGCACCAUUGAUGUCAUCCUCCGAAAUGACAACGUUGAGAGCGCUAAAGCCGGCGACAAGGUGAUCGUCACUGGAACUCUUAUUGUGCUCCCUGACGCCGUAAGUUUGGCCGGUGCCGGUGAGAAGGUUCAAGCCGGCCCUAAAGGUGGGGUUGGACUUCGUGGGGAUGGGUACAGUGGAGUCAAGCAGUUCGGGGUGAGAGAGCUUGUGUAUAGAACAGCCUUCUUGGCAUGCCAUGUCGCUUCAGCAGAGGGAAAGCCUGGUGCUACCUCUAUCAGAGGCGAGGAGGCUGAUGAAGAGACUUUCGAUAGCAUUCUUCGCAGCUACACCAGGGAGGAGCGCGAUGAGAUUGGUGCAAUGAAAGCCCAUUCGCGCUUGUACCAGCGCAUGGCCGGAAGUAUUGCUCCUACAGUGUACGGACAUGACGAAGUGAAGCGAGGUGUCCUCCUUAUGCUGUUUGGAGGGGUCCACAAGGAAACAAAAGAAGGGAUAUCACUGAGAGGUGAUAUCAACAUAUGUGUUGUUGGGGAUCCAUCAACAGCCAAGAGCCAAUUCCUCAAGUACGUCGUCAGCUUCCUGCCACGUGCUGUGUACACUAGUGGGAAGGCCUCAUCAGCCGCUGGUCUCACUGCAUCUGUGGCGAAAGAUCAUGAAACUGGUGAAUUCUGCAUUGAAGCUGGCGCUCUAAUGCUUGCUGAUAACGGUAUUUGUUGCAUUGACGAAUUCGACAAGAUGGACCUCAAAGAUCAAGUUGCUAUUCAUGAGGCAAUGGAACAACAAACAAUUUCCAUUUCAAAAGCUGGCAUUCAAGCUACUCUCAACGCUCGGACUUCAAUUCUUGCAGCGGCCAAUCCUGUGGCUGGCAGGUACGAUCGGUCACGGACGCUGAAGCAAAACUUGACAAUGUCCGCUCCCAUUAUGUCGCGUUUUGACCUGUUUUUCGUCGUGCUCGAUGAAUGCGAGGAGUCUUCCGACUACAACGUUGCUCGAUUCAUCAUCAGUAUUCACAAGGGUGGCGCUACUAGUCAACCGACAGAAUUCAACGAAGGGCAAUUGCAGCGGUAUAUCAAGGCCGCAAGGAAAAUCAACCCUGUCAUUCUGCCCGAGUCUAAGCUUCUAUUGGUGGAAUCGUACAAGCGACUGCGACAGGCAGAUUCUACUGGCGGAGUGCGGUCAUCGUACCGGAUCACUGUCCGACAACUCGAAAGCCUCAUUCGCCUUUCAGAGGCACUUGCUCGCUUGCACUUGGAUGAUUGCGUGCGUCCACAGUACGUGAAGGAAGCUGUUCGAUUAUUGCGGAAGUCCAUCAUUCACGUGGAGACGGAAGACGUGGACCUCAACGAAGGUGAGGAGGAAGAGAAGGACGAUGACAACGAUGAGGCGAUGAAUACGGCUCCAGCAGCCCAAACCGAACCCAGCACAUCGAGACCUGAAGCAUCUUCCGCGGGCGGGCCGGAUCCCGAAAAUCCUGCCACUGCAGCUGGAACAUCUGACACUCCUACUGAGCAAGGCCCAAGUGCACAGCGAGAUGAGGCCGACACCAACGCAGGCGAAGCAGACACGGCCGCCCCAGAGACAGAAGGCGCAGCGGGCGAGUCCUCCAAGCCCAGCUCAUCCACAGCUGAGGGAUCUAAACCGGCUGAAAAGGUGACGAUUGGAUUUAACGAGUUCAAACUCUUGAUGAACAAGGUGGUGCUCCACCUCAGAAAGCAAGAACUCACAGAAAGUGAAGGAAAAGGGGCAGCUAAGAGAAAGGACAUCAUCAAGUUCCUUUUGGCAGACGCCGACCAGCAGGCCGGAAGCGGUGGGGCCUUCGAGUCGGAGGAGGCUUUGAAACGGGAAGCUAAAAUAAUGCGGCUGGUCGUCAACCGAAUGGUGAAAAAGGAACGUGUGUUGGUCGAGGUUCCAAAUCAAGGUGAAGAGGUAUCUCGGGAUGACCGGCUCUACGUUGUGCAUCCGAACUAUGUCUUAGAAUGAUCCUGGUGCAGCAGUGUAUAGCUUUAGUUUUCGUGCGAGCAAUGUAAAGAUCAACAAAGCAGUGGUUACUU